UGAGCUUUUCUGGCACGUUCUCACGUUGGCCUGGUCGCUCUCACCAUGCUAGUACAUGGGAAAGAAGACUUCCUCUCAGAUGUAGCUUACAUCAUCCUGGAACUGGUCAUUGCGGUGCUGGCCAUCCUGGGGAACAUCCUGGUCUGCUGGGCAGUCUAUUUGAAUAGCAACUUGCAGAACGUCACCAACUAUUUUGUGGUGUCCCUGGCUGCUGCUGACAUUGCCGUGGGUGUGCUGGCAAUCCCCUUUGCCAUCACCAUCAGCACUGGCUUCUGUGCCUUCUUCUAUGGCUGCCUUUUCAUUGCCUGCUUCGUCCUGGUCUUGACUCAGAGUUCGAUCUUCAGCCUCCUUGCUAUUGCCAUUGACAGAAUCAUUGCGAUCCGCAUACCCCUCAGGUACAAUGGCUUGGUGACUGGCUCUCGAGCUAAAGGUAUCAUUGCCAUCUGCUGGGUAUUAUCUUUCAUCAUCGGCUUGACACCAAUGCUAGGGUGGCACAAUCGCUCCCAGAUCGAAGAGCUGGGUUCCAAUAAGUCCUCUCCCAUCAACUGCAGCAACAGUAUGGUGGCAUGUCUCUUUGAGGCUGUGGUCACCAUGGAGUACAUGGUCUACUACAACUUCUUUGCCUGUGUGCUCUUGCCCCUCCUUCUCAUGUUUGGCAUCUACUUGAAAAUCUUCAUGGCAGCCCGGCGACAGCUCAAGCAGAUGGAGAACAAGAUGGUACCCGGGGAACGUUCUCGCUCCACUUUGCAGAAGGAAGUCCAUGCAGCUAAGUCUUUAGCCAUCAUUGUUGGGUUGUUUGCAGUCUGCUGGCUUCCACUACAUAUUAUUAACUGCUUUACCCUUUUUUGCCCAAAUUGUGCCCAUGCUCCCCUCUGGCUGAUGUAUCUGGCUAUUAUCCUGUCUCAUGCCAACUCGGUUGUAAAUCCUCUAAUUUAUGCCUACCGAAUCAGGGAGUUCCGAUACACCUUCCGUAAAAUCAUCAGCCAGCACAUCCUGGGCCGGAAGGAGCCGUUCAAGGCAGGAACAGCCAGCUCUAGGAAUUCCACUCAUGGUGGGGAUGCAGAGAACGCCAGCAUACGAAUCAGUGAGUAUGCAUUAGAGGUAUACACCAAUGGAGAGAUCCCCAGGGAUCCUGAAAAGCAGGACUUAAACAAAUGCAAAGCCAGCUUGGAAUGGCACCAGAAUGGAAAUGCUCUGGACGUGGAGACAAAUGGGCAUCUCCCACAUUCCUGCAAAAAUGGGAUUCUCUCAGAUGCAUGCAUGAACAGGGAGCUUCACAGUGAAGAGCUAAUUGAUGCCCAUAUGUCUUACUCUGAUCUAGAAAGAGCAGCCUUUGCGGCAGCUGAUGUUUCCUGAUGAGACAUUCAAAGUCUUCCUGGUAGAAUUAUUUUUUUCCAUUGGUGACCUCUGCCAUGGCAGAAAGGGAGGUUGGGGGGCGGGGGGAGAGGUGUGUAUUCAGAUUGCUGUGGAGAAAGGGGUCCCUACCCAGGACUGUUGGAAGGACCCUAAAUACUAGACUGGAGAAAAGCCAAAAGACCACUGAAACGCACUAAGGAAGGAGGGACAUGUUACCCAUCAAUGACCUGUCGCCAAGAGCAGUGCCAAGGUCAGAGAUGGCAUUCCAAGUUCAGCACUGGGAGACUCUGCUGAUGCAGGGCAUAUCAUGACAUUAUGCUGUACUGUGUGUCUGUGGUUGUAUGUCGGUUUUGCUGUCUUUACCAACAGAAAUAAAAGCGUGGCUGGAAGUAUUCACUGAAUUGCAAAGAGCAACAGGGAGGGGCCUUUAGUACUUUGGCCCUGCAACAAAUGGAAGGGGGAUAGCAACAUCUAUUGGUCAGGAAGAAUGCCAGCAGCUGCUUGGAUAGGGAAGGAAUUUACCUGAUGGGAACUCUGGAUACCUUCAACCAUGGCAUUUUGUCUUUCAGUUCAUGUUUUUAAAGCUUAUACUGCAACAGGUUGCUUGAAUGUUUUUUUUUCUUGUCUUGAUAAGAUAACUUUAUAUUAAGUUAUAAAAGAUGGGCAAGAACUCAUAUCCAUUCCCUGAGCGCUCAAUGUUCCAGAUGCACAAGACAAAUAUAACCUCAUAGCUCUCCACUUUGUCUAACAAGUAAUGAAAACAGAGACUGUAAUAUGGAUUUCCCUUAGCGAAAGGGCUGUUAGCAGGACUUGGUGCUGCAGACAGCAGACAAGCAGCCCAGGUUGUGGUCUGUUCACCAGGGUGGUCGUGGCCGAGGUGUUGUGAAGAGCUGUUGGAUGUGUGAGCAGUCUGUAGGCUGGUGGGCACUGUCUGCU